AGACCAAUUUGACAGUUUUCGUAAUAAUCAAAACAUUACACGCACGAUUUAUCCUUUCUGUGUGAUAUUUCUGCCUAUUUUUCGAUAUUUGGACAAAGUUUUACAUUGUUAUCUAGCUAAAUAUUCGUUUUAACGAGAAAUAGAUGCAUUGAACUUGUGAAGCGUAUUUCAAGAUCAAACAAUGUCCGACCCAGCAGUGGAAAACAAACCGAAAAUUUCCGACCAGGAGCACGAGUUGGAAAUAGUGGCUUUCAAUGAAUUUCAAAAGGCGGAUUACGCAUCCUGUCUGCAAACAUUGCUCAAAUUGCAGAAAACGCAGGACGCCAAUCCGAAGGUCGUUCACAACCGGGCGGUGGCAGAGUUCUAUUUGAGCGAUUUGCGGAAGUACGAACAAUUCCGGAAGACGAUGGUCCAAAUCACGGAACUGGUGGGCGAGAUUCAGCACUCGGUGGAGGUGAAACAGCCGGAACUGGCCGCGGCCUACGUCAACCAAGCGAUGAUCCUGUACCAUUUUAGGCAACCGUUGGCCGCGUUGAAGAUAAUGAUGGCCGUGAUGGGACACUUUGAACAGCUGGAUGAUUAUCUGCUUCGAAAAGCCGGGAUAUUUACGGUGCACUUGCUGUUGGACACGAAUCAACCGAGGAAGGCCAAUGUAUUGCUGGGGAUGUUGCAGACACGGUUGAGCAUCCGGGUGCAGGAGAUUCUGAACCCGGACGACGAGGAGGAGAAGGUUGUGGACAACGAAAGCCGGAAGGAUAUAUCGGAGAUUCAGUUCGAGGAGUUUAGGAAAGAGUUCCGGCUGAUUCUGAUUCGAUCGAAUCUGCUGAACGGGAAGAAACAUUUCACGAUCCCUUGCGAAGAGACGUCGGAGUAUUCGAUUCUCAAAGGGCACCAGUACUAUCUGGGAAACGAUUAUCAAAUGGCAGCGAAGGAACUGUCGAAGAGGUUUGUCAACGAACCGAACAAAGUGCCUUCGCAUGGGGAAGAUCAGAAUACGUGUUUGGCCAACAAUAUGGGGCUGAUUCAUUUUGCGGUGAAGCAUUACGCUCUGGCAGCUCGAUUCUUCCAGCAGGCAUUGCUCUUUGAUCAAUCUGCUACGGAAAAGGUCGAAGGGUCACCUUUGUAUUGUGUAGGAGCGACAAAGCGACCGGAGAUUCUGUACAAUCACGGAAUCACGCUCCUUCAUUUGCAAAAGCCCAAAGAAGCUUUCGAAUGUCUGUUGGUGGUAUUGAAUUCGUACCACAAUAAUCCCAGGCUUUGGUUGCGAUUGGCGGAAUGUUGCAUAAUGGCCCAUCAGCAAAUGCAAAAGGAGCAGAUGAAGAACGUAACGACGGUUUUGCAGCACCGGAAGCAUCUGCAGAAGCGACCGUUCAAUUGUGAAGAAGAGUCGGCAGCUAUUCCGAGUACUUCGUUGGAAUUUGCUUCUCUGUGCCUUCGGAACGCAGUCACGUUAAUUGAUUAUCACACGAAGGAAAUGACCAGACAGCUGGAAGCUACUUCAAAACCAGCUUCGUGGGACAAAGUGUACGAAGGCGUACCCUGCAGCCCAUCGCAACCCUUGAAACCGGCGAGCUUAGAAAAGCUUCGCAUAGCAACCCUUAGUGCCUACAGUUACGUCCAGCUGUGCCUAGGCGAAUACACAAUGGCCCUAAAAUACGCACAGGAAACGCUCACCAUCGAAGAUCUCCCAGAAACUCAUCAGACACUUGCCUCGAUGUAUUGCGCCGAAGCAUUGAUCAUGAUGGAUCGCAUCCCGGAAGCGCUAGUCUAUUUGGACCCCAAGCGAAUGCAGGACUUCAAGGGGGAAGAUUUCACCACCCGAGGAUCGCCCAACUGGAGCAUGAACACGCUGGAAGCGGCCCAGUCCGUGAUGCACUACAAUCUGGCAGUGACCCUGUUUACCAUGGGCGAUUACGAGAAGGGCAAAAUUUGCAUGAGCGCUUGCACCCAUCCGGUUGUGGUGCCGCACCUGAAGAUGCUCAAAAUGUACUACGAGCUGGUGUUCGGGAACGUGGAGAAGGUCAAAAUGAUGGCGCGGUACGAUGCGGGGAAUUUGGUUUGAAAUCAGAUUGCGAUUGUAGUUAUUGUAAAUAAAGUUGUAUAAUUCAUA